AUGUCCGGCUCAAAUCCCGAGUUCUUGCGCUUCACAGGCCAUAGGUCAUUCACACAUCGUCUCAUUCUCUCAACCUUGACCGGCAGACCAGUCCACAUAUCCGGCAUUCGCAGCUCGUCGCCAACAGCACCCGGCCUGGCCCCUCAUGAGAUCUCGUUCCUCCGCCUCCUCGAAGCCGUCACAAAUGGCAGCUCAAUGCAAAUAUCUUACACGGGUACGACGAUAACAUAUCACCCAGGCCUAAUAACAGGCACAAUUGCAGGUGUUGGUGCAUCUGAUGGCGACAUCAUCGAACACAGUCUGCCCGCCAACUGCAACCGAGGUGUUACCUACUUCCUUCUCCCUCUUGCUCUACUGGCGCCAUUCUCAAAGUCCCACAUGAAUGUACGGUUUUCUGGUCCUGGCGUCAUCACAUCUGCGACCGAGACCGGCGACAUGUCGGUCGAUUCGUUUCGAACUGCUAUAUUGCCUCUCUAUGGUCUGUUCGGCAUUCCGCCCGCACGAAUUGAGCUUCGCGUGCUGCAACGGUCUUGCGCUGGUCCACAUGGGCGGGGAGGAGGUGGUUUGGUCGAGUUGCGAUUUGCCAGCCAGGUCCGUCUGCCUAAGACUCUUCACCUCAACCGCAACCCAGGACGCGUAAAGAGGAUACGAGGCGUGGCAUAUUCUACGGGAGUGUCCGCGUCGAACAAUGGGCGCAUGAUUCAUGCCGCACGAUCGGUCUUGAACCCCCUAGUUUCCGACAUCCAUAUUGCUGCACAGUACGAUCAGGCGCCAUGGAUUGCAGAUGACAAGGCAGCUGGAAAGGGCAAAAAGAAGAUAGGGAUAGGCUUUGGGUUGAGCCUCGUGGCCGAGUCCAGCGUCCCGGGCAUACUGUACUCCGCAGACGUUGUAGCGCCGUCGGAGGGAGGCAUGGUACCAGAAGAUAUUGGUAGUAGGUGUGCGCAUCAGCUGGCCCAAGUGAUAGCACAGGGUGGAUGUGUGAGCUGGUCGGCGUCACGAACAGUGCUGACAUUGAUGGCUAUGGGGUCCGAGGACGUCGGUCGACUUAGGAUAGGCAAGGACGUUAUGGGCACAGAAGAGGUUGUUGGUUUGGCACGAGAUCUGAAGCAAUUCGGCGCCAGCAGUUGGGGCCUAAGACCGGCGGAGGAAGAUGAAUCGGAUGACAUUAUUGUUUCGGUCAAGGGCACGGGAGUCGGAAAUGUAGGACGGAAGAUAGCAUAA